UUGGACAAGAGUCAUUGCGCCAGGUGCGUUUCUCCGCGCUCUUUGGCUGCUCUGAGUAUAGCUGGGGGUACUUUAGCCUCCCCAAACUUUCUAUUGUAGUGUGACUGCUCAUCCAAUUCACAGCAAUCCGGCUGGCUUCUCAGGCUUCAGUGUAAAAACAUGACUACCGAGAUCCGCAAAGACGCCAAGACGGACCCAGCCCAAAGUGACGAGAAGAGAAUCGUUAAAAGAGAUGGAGUGCUUCGCUCCAUGCUUCGCGGUCUUUUCUGGCCUUUCGGCAUCGUGGUGCGUGCUUACCGUGGGUUCUGGUGGGUGCUCGGGUACAGGCAACCCAAAGAGACAAUUCUGGGUAAUCCCCAGCAGGUCUCCAGUCCGGGCCGCCAGAGCCUCACGGGCCGCAAACGCCUGCACCGGGUGACCCGCGUGCUGCUGUCGGUCUUGCCCCGCUGGCUGCAGAGCGCCCUCGGAUAUCCUGUGUCGACCAGCAUCGGCCGCUGCCUCUCGCCAGAAGUGAGAGUUUCUCCUACAAAGCCCUGUGGCAAAGGCAGCAAGAGAAAGCAGGAUGAGCUGGAUGAAGAUGAUGAUUUGGAGGAAGAGGAGCAUCCAACCUGGGUGGAGGCCCUUAACCAGGAAUGUGCCGAUGAUGAAGGCCCAGAACAAGACCCUGACUAUGAGCCCAGCACAGUAGAGACUGCCAGUGAAGAGUAUUGCUCACACAACAACACAGAGGAUGACAUUGAAGCUGAAAAGGGUGUUGUUGUUAUAAAAGAUGUUAAUACGGAACUGACUCCUGCUCAACUUGAAGGUUCAAAUCCUGCUGUUUAAAUGUUUUUGCUGUACAUUGUCUGUUUUUUGUAAGUUAUAGAUUUGAAACUUAAUAAAUUUUCAAUACCUA